GUUGACUGUGAGUGUGUGUCGAGACUACACAGUGUAUCAGUGUGUUUGUGUGUGUCCCGAAGUGAAGAAGUGUAAUGAUGAAAAGCAGGAAGAGAGGAGGAGAGUGAGUCAGGCAGAAAAUUAGAGUCUCAGGCGAAGCAAUCAGUGAAGAGCUAAACGCCGUAACUCAGCGCCUAAGAAGAUAAAGAAAGACAUUAACUUGAAAUCGUAAAGCAAGGGAUCAGGGACGAAAAAGGCGAGCAUAAUAUUAGAGAGAGUGAAAGAGCGGAGGAGGAGACUGGGAGGAGAGAUAAGGAUAGAAAAGAUAGUGUGUGAAAGAAAAGCAGAAAGAAAAUAGAAGAAUAAUGAAAGAAACACAGAAAAAUAGAUAAACAGAAGGAAAAGGAAGAAGAAAAACGAUCGAAGGAAAGAAAAGUGAAUAAAUAAAAAGAAAGAAAAGAAGAAAUAAACCAGAUAAAAAUAAGACUGGGAAACUAAAUACACACACACACGCACCGCCACAAUGUUCAGGAAGGUGGAGACAGGCACCAUCGUCAUAACAGAAGUGGAGGAUGUUGCCGACUCGGGAGGGAUCGCCGCUGCCCCCUACUCCACCGCCCCCACAUCAAACGCUAUGGGCGGGGGCGAGGGGCAGGGGGGGCAGGGAGGGGAAGGAGAGUCCACGGAUGAUAAAAAGCCACUUGUUGGUAAAAAACGUAUUUCGUGGCGCGAGCUGCUGAUCUACAACAGGUGGAUGCACAUGGUUUACCUGCUGCUGCUUUGUGUCAUGCUGGGCCUCAUCAUACCCUACCUCCUCGCCUCGUUUGCUUUCCCCGCCACCAUCAACAACGCCAGAGGAUCCUGCGCACUGAACAUAUCCUACAGGUUUGACUGCAUGCCGGCAGGACGCACGGUACCCGAAGAGGCAGAGUGCCAUAGCCUAGGAUGUUGCUUUGACCACAACAGCAAGGACCUCUACGCCCCCACCUGCUUCCACUCCAUCCCUUCUGAGUACGCUUACCUCGCCUAUAACGUCAACACGACUUCUGGGGCCUUUAGAACUGCGGCCAUUCCUGACGGAGGCCCAAGAGGAGGGGUGAGGAGGGUCUACAGUCUGAGCGAGGCAGGGGAGAUCACGCUGGAACUCACGCCGCUCAGGGAACAGACCAACCUGGGAACUGAGGCGUGGUCGCUGCGGGCAAGGGUACAGUUAGGCGGCAGCGAUGGUGAUGUGGUGCGUGUGGCCAUCUACAGCCCCGAGCAUGAUGACUUCGUGGACGACUUCCCGGCCCAGAGCACCACGCCGCAUCAGCUGGAGGUGACGGUGACGCAGGAUCCCGGAGGUGACUUCAACGUGACGGUGACCCGGGUGGCUACGGGGGAGGACAUCCUGGAAACUGUGUUCGGGCCGAUGAUCUACGGCAAAGGCUACGCUGAGCUGACCACGCGCAUCCCGACCUCCCACCUCUACGGGCUGGGCCUCAGGAGGAACUUCGAAUUCUCCCCCAGCUUCAGUGAGAGGCCACGGUGGCCACUGUUCACGAAGGAGACGUUCACGAUGAGCGGGAACGUGAGUGUGGCCACGGGGAUCAGCGGGGCACAUCCCUUCUACAUGAACUUCGAGAAAACCCCAGGGUACAUGUAUGGACUGUACCUCAAGACUUCGGCCCCCGUGGAAGUAGGCGUGAUCCCCGUGCCUGCUGUGGUGUUCAGGGGCGUGGGCACCCUGUGGGACCUGCGGAUCAUGGCAGGACCCACCCCGCGGGACGUGACCCGGCAAUACACGGGGAUGGUCGGGCGGCCAGCCAUGCCACCCUACUGGGCUCUAGGCUACCACCUGUGUAGAGCUGCAUCUGAGACUGACUACUCCACCUACGACAAGGUGGUGGAGGGCAUGAUAGAGAAUCAGAUCCCCUAUGAGAGUGACUGCAUCGACGCCAGACUCAACUAUCCCGGCUCCUUCACGCCCCUGCCGACGGAGGUGCAGCAGAGGGUGGCGGCGCUGCGGGGGGAAGGGAGGAAGUUCACGCUGGCUCAGUAUCCCUUCGUCACCUACGGCAGCGGCGCCUACAAUGAGAGCUCGCAGUUCCUCUUGAGGCACAAUGACUCUACGGAUUACUACGGGUCUAUUGAGGGUCAGGCUGUCGGUUACCCUGACUACGCCAACGAGAAUACACUUCCUCUUUGGCUGACCGCUUCGGCUGACGUGAGGAGCUUAUACGAGGCAGCUGACGGGGUGUUUCUGCUGCACAACACACCGCUCAACGAAGCCACGCUGAACUACACGAGCUGGAAUGGUACCGGUAACUGCUCUCCCAGCACCCCCCAGUCCUGCUGCCCUGACCUCGCCCUGCCCUUCCUGCCCCAGGGCGUGGAGGACAUCAACAACCACUCCCUCUGCGUCGCCCUCGUCCAUCCGUCUCUCAGGGGCGCCACACACCUCCGCCUCCACAACUCCUACGGCUACUACCAUCACAGGAGGAUUCGGUCGCUUAUGCAGGAGAUAACGCCAAAGUCACGCCCCUUCGUCACCAGCCAGUCAACGCACACAGGCUCGGGGGCGGAGGGGGCGGCUUUCGGGGAGAGCUUUGGCGCCAACUUCAUCGAGCAAAAGGUGGCGCUGGUGCAGGUGUUGGAGCUGGGCCUGUACGGGAUGUCGCUGGCCGGCCUACCCAUCUGUGGCAGCAGGAAUGAUACAAGUGGGUCAGUGAGGAGCGAGUGGUGCCUCCGUGGCCACCAGAUGGCAGCGUUCUGGCCCCUCAUGGUGAGCCACUACGAGCACGGCCACCAGGCGAGGAGCCCAACAGACUUCGACAAGGCCUUCUCCCACCAGCUCGCGGUGUUCAUAAGGAUGCGGUACACGCUGCUGCCCUACUUCUACACCCUGAUGUACGAGGCCACCCAGCAGGGGACCCCCGUCGUGCGCCCCCUCUUCUACGAGUUUCCCGAAGACGCCGGGUCCCGCAGUGUGUCCAGUCAGUUCCUGGUGGGCUCCGGACUGCUGGUGAGUCCCGUGCUGCAGUCCGUCGGGGAGCAGGACAGUGUGGACGCCAACCUGCACUUCCCGCCCGGCCGGUGGUACAACUUCUUCUCGGGUGCGACGGAGGCUGACGGAGUGAACAGCACCGACAACGUCAUCCCGACACUGCUCGCCGACGUGAACGUGCACGUGCGUGGCGGGGCCGUGGUGCCGCUGCAGGGGAACUUGCACGAAUGGAUUAAGACGACGGAGGAUUCUCGCGCCUACCCCUUCACCCUCCUCGUCGCCCUCUGCUGCAACGCCUCCUCCAACACUUCCUCCUCCUCCGAUAUUGUGGACGGCCAAUGGGGUGAGUCUGGGAGUGUAUGUGUGUAUGUGUGUGUGUGUGUGUGUGUGUGUGUGUGUGUGUGUGUGUGUGUCAUCCUCGUGUCUGCUAAUUUCUUUUAUAUAUUAUUUUCCUGUUUCUUUAUUUUUCAUUCAACAUUUUUCUCCUGGUUGUCUUUCUCCCUUCUUCAUCUCGUUUUUCAUAACUUUUUUUAUAGCUCCUUUGUUCCUAUGUCGUCACAUUCACAGCCAUGA